AUGGCACUGAACAAGCACAACCUUUUCAACUUCUACAAGGACCGCGCGCCGAUGUUCAAGGUGAUGUCCAUGUUCAUGCAGAAAUGGGACUCGAAACAGAAAACAAGAGGAUACCACGGAGAACACAUCCCUGAGGGCAGAUGGCUCAAGCUGUUCCAGAAAAAACUGGACGGAGUGGCCCAGAUGGAUGCGUCGCUCAGUGGGAAGGCCAACGACGAGACUCCGAUGGUGUUGCAGACGUUCGCGGUGCUGGAAAAACGGCUCGAUGUAGCUGUUUUCCGUGCCAUGUUCGCCUCGUCGGUCAGACAGGCCAGACAGUUCAUUCUUGCCGGCGACGUCAAGGUCAAUGGCGUCUCUAUCAAACAUCCUUCGUAUCCGCUGAGUCCUGGAGACGUGUUCAGCGUGGAGCCAGACAGAGUGUUGCAAGCUCUGGGAGAGAAAAAGCCGAGCUUGAAAGAGGCAUACAAGGUGGACAGAGAGCAGGUGAUCCAGUGGCAGAAAUUCGUGAACCGUGCGAGGUCCGACCCGCUCACCGUGUGGCAGAACCAGAGGGAUAAGCAGAAGAAGAUGCGAGAGGCGUAUGGCGAUCUGUACAACCCGGACCUGCCUCCCCCGGAGCACGACGAUGUUGUGGCCCGUUUUGGCUCGCGACAGGAGUCGAAAAUCAACGAGCUCGGCAAGAAGCUGAACAGCAUUACCAGAAACACGAUCCUGGCCGAUAUCGUGAACACAGCAAAGGCCGUCGAGGGAGAGGUGGAUGCCAGUGUGUUCGAGCCCCAGUUUGGCGCUGCUCUCGCGAAAAAGUGUAUCAACAUAUACCAGAUGGUGGCCAACAACAAGGCGUUGUUCGAGGGCGACGAACAGGAGAUGAACGACGAGAUCUCCAAGAUAUUGCCCAAGUACGUGAACGGCCAACCGCAGGGUAAAUUCUACGAUGAUACCAAGGCCAAGAAAGUGAAGCAGGCGCUGGCAGAGCUCAAGUCGGGCUACCUGGAGAAAGUCAGAAAAGACCACAAGGAGCAAGCUCCUUCUGAGGAUGCGCUAGUGUCCACUUGGGUCAGCAGACUCAUCAAGCAUCCUAAACUUCCUUCCUGGUCUGAGGUGCAGGAGAAGGGAAGAUACAAGGUGGACCUGCCGUGGCAGAAAUCGAUGUGGGGUCUCGAGGACCCGUCCAAGCCGUACUUCACGCCAUGGAGACCGCGUCAGUUCAUUGCUCCGUUCGCCGUGCUACCUAAACACAUCGAGAUCUCGUUCCGCACGUGUCAUGCGGUUUACAUGAGAAACCCGAUCGCCAGACCUGGCGAGUCCGAGGUCAUCUCUCCAUUCAGUCACGAGGCCCACGAAAGAGCAUACAUGUACUAUUCGAGAAAGGGGCUGUAA